AUUUUUAGAACAGGCGGGAGGGCUACUCCUCUGGUCCUUACGGGCUACCUGGUGCCCGUGGGCACCGCGUUGGUGACCCCUGUUUUACACCAUGUUCCUGUUAAUGAUGCAUAUUAUCUAAAAAAAAAACUACUAAAGUAUCGAUGUUUUUAAUUUGAGAUUCGAUAUUACAGCCUAAAUAUUUGUUAUCGAUAUUUCAGUAUCGAUGCGCACAUCAUACGCCCUGAUAAAUGACAGCAAUUGCAACACUACUGGGUGUGUCGCACUAGACCAGCAGUGAUACUGAAGUUGAACAACCGCACAGCACACAAUUCUUGCCGAACAAUGACUGCUCCCGAGUGGAAGAAAAGGUGCGAUGAAGAGUGGGGUUUGCGUGGAAUGGCGAUGCCGGACAGCGUAGACUGGAAGUCUGCAUAUGAAGCUAAACCAUUUGGAAGAAAUUUGCUGAAGAAUCCUUCACCUCACGGCUUGAGUAAAGAUAUCCCUCCUCCUGAACCUGAGAUGCCAGAUGCACCCAUGCAUGGUCCUCCACGCUUUGAACCGGAAGGUGACUUCAGUGGCUGGAGCACAAACACAGAGGUUCUCCCCUACGAUACCAGCGGCAUCCCAGCAGGGGCUGUGAUCUGUGCCUUGCCUCAGUACAGCUGGUUUACCUUGGAGCAGACUGUGGACCUGAAGGCGGCGGGGCUUUGGGAAAAGCUGAUGGAUGAUUUUCAACCAGAAAUCAUGAUCCAAGACUGGUACGAGGAAAGUCAGCUGCAUGAGUCAAUCUACCAACUACAGGUCAAGUUAUUAGGUGCAGACAAAAGCAGCGUGAUCACGGAGCACUCCGUCAAGCCCAGUGAGGACCGCAGCACCUAUUCGCACACAUGGAAGGAGGUGAGCUCUUUACACUGCUGGCCUGCAUGCAUAUGGGGCUACUGCUAAAAACAUUAAAUUAAA